AAAUUAGGAGAAACAGACUUGCUACCUUUUGGGCACAUAUUUUAUUUCCUUGGGGUGGGAGGAGUAAUUGCUUAUUAUGCCAGUUAAAAACCAUUCGUGAUGUUUAAAAAACAGUUUGUCAAGUUAGUCCCCUCUUCCUUUUUUGUUUGGAAAAUGUCUUACAAGCUUGAAGACGUGGUAUUCAAGUUAUCUGUUGACAUUUUGAACAAGUUGAAAUCAUCGCAGAAGGAUAAAGUUCGUCAGUUUAUGAUCUUCACACAAUCUAGUGAAAAAACAGCAGUAAGUUGUCUGUCUCAAAAUGACUGGAAGUUAGAUGUUGCAACAGACAAUUUUUUCCAAAAUCCUGAACUUUAUAUACGAGAGAGUGUAAAAGGAUCAUUGGACAGGAAGAAGUUAGAACAACUAUACAAUAGAUACAAAGAUCCUCAAGAUGAAAAUAAAAUUGGAAUAGAUGGUAUACAGCAGUUCUGUGAUGACCUGGCACUGGAUCCGGCCAGCAUUAGUGUGUUGAUCAUCGCGUGGAAGUUCAGAGCAGCAACACAGUGCGAGUUCUCCAAACAGGAGUUCAUGGACGGCAUGACAGAAUUAGGAUGUGACAGCAUAGAAAAACUAAAGGCCCAGAUACCCAAGAUGGAACAAGAAUUGAAAGAACCAGGACGAUUUAAGGAUUUUUACCAGUUUACUUUUAAUUUUGCAAAGAAUCCAGGACAAAAAGGAUUAGCAAUGAAUGAGAGCUCCUGUUGCUUCACAUCCUCGCCAGCAUUUGGUGUUGUCAGUGUUUUGGAUUUUGGCCCUUCCAAAAGGUGUGUAGUGGUAUCUCAUUGUUGUUUUAAUCAUUGAAGAAUUUUAACAUGGAAGUGAAACCAAAUUUAUAUGCCUGAAAGGUCCAUCUGAAAGCAGUGUGGUCCUUUAAAAGGUGUGGAGGCAGAACUAGAGGAAGAGAAAUUGGUUAUGAAGCUGUUGCAGUGAUUUAGCUAGACAUGAAGAGGCCCCUAGCGUAGGCCCUAGCAAGGGAUGGAGAAAAGAGAGAGAUUUAAAAGGUGCUUAGAAGCCAAAAUGAGAAAGCUUUGAUUGAAAGUGUGAUGAGGAAGUUAGUCUUAACCCCCAUUUGGGGAUAUUUGGAAAUGUGGGGGGGGUAUUUUUGGUAUUGUUGUAACGACUGAGGGCUUCUACUGGGAUUAGGGGUCUGCUAAAUGACCUGCAGUGCAUAGGACUUCAUUUCCUUACAAUGAAAAAUUGUGUUUCAUUGAGAAACACUGUAGGGUGAUGACAUUCAUUGAGAGAAAAGAAAAUGGUAGGUCUGUAGUUCAGUUUGAGCCCUGUUGAAUUUGAGUUGUUUGUGGAUAUCCAGUUGAAGAUGUCCUUAGGCAAUUAGAUGUAAGAAUCUAGAAUAUAGAAAGAGCAGUUUCAGAUUUAGGACUUGUUAGAGAUGGUUUGAGCAUAUAACUUGAAAAAAGGUAAAGGUUUGAAAAAUCUACUGAGAGAAGUAGAGGUGGUUAUUGCUGACGUACAGUGUUAUAGAACAUCAACAUUUAAUGGAGAAAUGGAGGAAGAGGAGCAGUAAAAGAAAAUAAGGCCAGAGAGGACAGAGGAAAAUCAAUAGAGUGAUACCAUUAAAGCUGAGAGAAGCGACAGUUCCAUCCAGGAGGUGUACUCAGUUUUGUCAAAUACGGCAGAGAGCCAAGUAAAUUAAGGACUUAAAGGUUUAUUUGGCAACCAGAAGGGCUUGGUGACCCUUCAGAGAUUACUUUCAGUGGGGUGAGUGACGGAGGUGGACACUAGUUUAUAGAAUUAAAAUGUGUGGUAGGUGAGGAAAUUGGACAAUGAAUGUAGAUUACAAAAAGUUCUUUUAACUACCUGAACUUUCAAACAUCAUAUAUGUACACUCCUAUUCUUGUAAGAUUCUUAGGUUAGUAUAUCAGCUGAGAAAUGGGCCUUUAUAGGUGUCUCAUGGUUUACAGUUAUUUGAAUAUUUCAUUGUUUCUCAUCCUUAUUUUCUAAAAAUUAAUUGAAAAGGGAAAAAAAUGCUAACACUAGUAAUAAGCUUAGUUCUCAUAAAUUUAAUGCAUUUGAAGUGAAGAAGGAUAUCAUUAAGCAUGCUAAUAACAGCAAAUCCUACUAUACAUGCUAAUAAGAGCGAUCUUACUGCACUUAAGCUAGACAAUUAUAUGUUUGGUUGGUAAAGAAAAGAAUAAAAUUAAAGAACCUGGAAGGAAUAUUUGGUAUAGAGCUUUAAAGACUGCAAAGAUUAAAAAGGAAUUGUGAUUAGUUAGGGGUUGUUGUCAUAUUUCUAGUUCUCUUAAAACAUGGGGAUCUGAACUGGACUUUCAGACAUGUUUUCAUGAGCACAUUAAAAAUAAAAGUAGAAGACUCAUGUACUCUCUCAAGAUGAUCUGUGAAGGGAAGGAGAAAGAGGGUAGCUUGUAAGGGAAUGGAGAGAUACAAGAAAGAUUUAUUAAAGAUAGGUGAUAACUUGAGCGUGUUCCUUUGUGGAGGGGAAAGCUGGAAGACAGGGCAAAGUUGAAGAUACAGGGAGAGAAGAAAAUUAAUCAGUAGACCAGAUUCCUUGAAAAGGCAGGAUGGCAUAUUGGAUCCGUAAUAAUGGUGUUAGGGGCUUAACCUUGGAUGGGAGAAGAGGCACCUUUUCCAAGGAAACUUGUUCAUUCAGCAGUUUCUGAAUGCCUACUGUGUGUUUCAUUCUGCUAGUUUGGGGAUAUGUAGUCCCUAUCCUUGAAGAGGUUAGGGUCUAGUGAAGAUGGGGGAUUUUUUGCCUUAUGUCCUAUAUGUUUUUUUUCAGGUAGGAUGUGAGUCUUUUUGGAGUCUUUCCUAGUCUUUCAUGAUUCCUCAGAUUAUCCAGAGUAGUUUGGAGAUCAUAUCUAAAAGGACUUUUAAGUUACUUGGGAUGUAAUUUUUCCUGACCUGGAAAUGUAAAUUUACUCAUAAAAGCUUGACCUAACUACUUUAGUUCUUUGAAAGAGAUCAUAGUUCUUUCUCUCUGUUGUUAUGACAGAUAUAGUUUUUUGUCAUGUGGUAAUAUUGCUUCUUUAUCCUUAUCGGCUCCAAAACCAGUUAAAUAGUCAUUUAUAUCCUCUUCAUCAGACUUUUAAAAAGACAAAUCUUAGUUUAUUAUUAAUUUUAAAUUUUUAAUAUUCUUAAUGGUCUCCUUGAGGAUCAGUCAGCCAACAACUUGGAGCGUAAGAUUGGUUAGGAUUGUGGGUAGUAAUUCUUUGCAUUACAGCUUAUAGGUGUACCUCAGUGAUUUACAGCUGGGGGCAGUUUUGCCUCCCAGGGGACCUUUGUCAAUAUGUGGAGAUACUUUUGGUUGUCACCACUGGGGAUGGGGCAGAACUGCUACUGGCAUCUAGUGGAUAGAGGCCAGGGAUGCUGCUAGUGCUGUAAUGCACAGGACAGCUUCCCACAACAAAAAAAUUAUCUGCCCCAAAAUGUCAAAAGUGCUGAGGUCAGGAAAUACUGGUGUACAUUAAUAUUUGAAUACUUAUGAGCUAGUCAAACAUGCUUACCUACGUUAUCUUAUUUAAACUUCAGAAACCCCUUAUGAGGUAAGUGAUAUCCUUCUUGCCCUGAAGGCACCAUUCAUUUGUGAUGGAAGCAGGAUACAAAGCUUGGACUUAACUCUAUAGGAAAUUUUUAUUAUGUAAGUAUUCAGGACACAAGCCUUUUUUUUUUUUUUUUUUUAAAGGCUAUCUUUUGUCUUACCUGGUGUUUUUUUUUUUUCAGGGACAAAUAUUCCUGACAUUUGAAGUAUAUAAUUUAUUUUUAAUA